AUGUCUCCUCCACCAUCGUCUGCCACAGGCCCUGCGCAGGACGACAUGAAAGAGGAUGAUGCCGAUUUCCUGCUGGAAGAAGACGAUAGUAACGUUGAGCUCCAGCGUGUUCUCAUGUCUCAGCAUGAGAAGUCGCUCGGGGGCGUGGAUGGCGUUGACAAUGGCGACGGCGACGGCGACGCGACUAACGUAGAUCUGCAGCGCGUUCUCAUCGAAGAGCAUGAACAACGCGGAGCACUAUCCCCCGAGAAUGCCCAACCUGAGACCAAAGUAGACUCUGCCUCACCCAGGUCCUCUCCUGAUUUGGAUCUUCCCGACGUCUCGCAGAUUCUUGCCGAUAACCAACAGCCCGCCGGACAUACAACAAAACCUCCUAGUUUGGCCCUCUCUUGCAGUCGUGGAUUCGCUACUCCCUCGCGUCCCACCCAUGCCAUUCGCCAGAAUGAAACGUCGCCCUCUGAUGAUGAUGACCAGUUACUUCCUUCAGGUGAUGACGAUUCAAAGGAAGACGGUGGCAAUAUUCCAACCCAAAGUAGGACUUCUCUCCGGGGGCUGAAGAAGACGGCCCAACCAUCGGACCAGUCUGACGCGCUAUUGCAGUCUACGCCUUCCGGUAGAUCCACCGCCCAUUCAGCUCGUCCACCCGAAGCACCCGUUUCUCCUGCCAUUAGCCGAUUAAAAUCCAAAAACGAGCCUGGAAACACCCCUGACAGGAAGGCCGUUUCACCAACUGCUACCCCCGUGCGCGCCUCAUACCGGCUCUCUCAUAAUGUGACGACAACACCGUCGGGAUCGAAAAGUCGUAAAAGGCGCGCAAAAUCCCCCGCUUCUCAGGGCGGAUCUCCGGACUCGGAGCGACGAAGUCGUACGCGGAGACGUGUGGAGCCAAAUGUCUUGGACACGGCUGUCGGCACCACCUUAACCCCCAAGACAGCCCAAAAGUCGACGUCUUCCUCAAACUCAAAGCCAGCUUCUUCGCGUACACAGUCCGGCUCGUCGACCGCGCGUACGUCUUCAGAUCCGCAGACAGCCACACAAGGCCCAUCUGGUCUUGUGAUCAAACCCCCCCUUUCUACGCACUCAUUCUCUCAGCCGGUCUUUGGAAAGUCCUCGCUGUCGCCCAGUGCUCCACGGCCAACGCCUAAGCACAGGGCCCAAACCCAAUUGUCCCCUGGACAAGACAUAGACGUUAAGCCGGAAGUACCGAAGUCCGCAUCGUCGACUGUCUUCCCACGGAUGACUCUUGCAUCAACGUCUUCAUUACUAUCGCAGGCGAAGGACGAAGUUGAAAGGAGUGCUUCGCAGCGCUCGCGGCGCGGUUCCAUUUCGAAGGCAGCGCGCAUCACUCGCCACGAGGAGUUCUGGCAUCUCGAUGGGUCUGUCGUCGUUUUGAUCGAGACGAUAGCAUUCAAGCUUCAUCGUUCGAGACUAUCAGUGCAGUCUGAAUUUUUCAAGAGGUUGUUCUCAAACAGUCCCCCUCCCCAGGCUAUUGCAGUCGAUAUCGAUGGCGCAAGUGGGAGCAAUGCAGAGGACAACGAAGUGCAGGAAGUCAAUGUCCCGAUGUUCAGUGGCUGCCCGCUCUACACUCUCACCAAUGUGACAGUUCAAGACUUCGUCGAGCUGCUGAAGGCAGAGAAACUGGGAAUUGCAUAUGCAUUCAACCCUCCCCCAUCCCCGAUACUUGCUGCGAUCCUCCGAGCAGCAUACGCACUGGAAUUUGGGACCAUUCUCGAGUUUGCGACACACCGUCUUCAAGCCCUCUGGCCGUCCGAUCUCGCACAACUUACGCCAGACAGCAUCCCACAUGCCGCCGAGGCCAUCGUUCUAGCGCGGCAGUGCAAUCUGCCUCAGGUGUGCAAGCGGGCCUUCUACGAGCUGCUGCGCUCGCCGAGUUUUGAGCAGGAAGCUGACGGCGACAAUGAUGAAGAUGACGACAAUGAUAUGUACGUCGACGAGCAGGAGGAGGCGGGGCGGCGACUCCAACAUGCGGACCUCGUGCGCCUAAUCUCCACGCGCGAGAAGCUGCGCAGUGAGUGGCUCCGCGUCGUGUGCACGCCUCCCGUACCGUCCGUGGUACCGUGUCCUCUCGAGCAGAUACCCUCAGACAUGCGCGAUCCAGAGCGCGAACCGGAGCUCGUGCGCUGUCGUGCGACACGUGAAAAGAACAGCGAGCUGUGGAUGCGCGCGGUGCUCAACGGGCCGACCCUCGUUGAGAGCGGCACUUAUGACCCGCUAUGUGCGCUGCAGACGCUCUGCGACAUGGACUGGGCCGACAUGGGUUAUUGCCACGGGUGUGUCGGCGCAAGGAGAGAGCUGUGGGGGGAGAAAAGAGAGAAGCUGUGGAAAGACCUGGACGCGUGGUUGGGCUUGCCCAUGGCGACAGCGUAG